AGCAUGGGACUGUCUGCUCAUCUCAACCAGGCCAUUGCUGCCAAUACAAACAAUAGUGCCACCAACAACUCAGAACAAGAUUCCGAAUGCACCAUUCGGGAGCAAGACCGAUUCAUGCCAAUAGCAAACGUGAUCAGAAUCAUGCGCAGGAUCCUUCCUCCGCAUGCCAAGAUAUCGGAUGACUCUAAAGAGACCAUCCAAGAAUGUGUGUCUGAGUUCAUAAGCUUCAUCACUGGCGAAGCCAACGAGCGUUGCCAGCGUGAGCAGAGGAAGACCAUCACUGCUGAGGACGUUCUUUGGGCCAUGAGCAAGCUUGGUUUUGAUGACUACAUUGAACCCUUGACUUUAUACUUGCAUCGUUAUCGUGAGUUUGAUGGUGGCGAGCGUGGAUCUUUGAGAGGGGAGCCUUUGCUGAUGAAGCGGCCAAUGAUUGAUCCUGCUUCAGCUAGCAUGACGCCCAUGGCGCCCUAUCAGUUGCCUCCUUUUUCAAUAGCUCAUCACCAUGGAUACUUUGCGUAUCCACCACCAAUGGGCAACGGUUAUAUGCAGAGGGAUGCAUCAAAUGGAAGCUCUUCUCAUGGUGCAGUGGCUACUGUGGAAAAUGAUGUUGAGUCUCUUGCGGAGGAGGGUAAGGAGUAAAUGUCUCUGCUGAAGGAAGCUGUUGGAACAGACCGCCUUUUCUCUCAAUCUUGGUGGGAUGUUAUCUAAUUUGGGAUCUAUUGACAAUCUUAGAUUAGUUCUUUGCAAAGUCUAGUGGUACUUCUUUUGAACAAAGCGAGCCAAACGGUGGCUUCCUUUUUGCUUUU